UCUGACAAAAAAAUCACUUCCUGUUUCUACACGGACCCGGAAGUUGUCCUGAUUCCGCGGGUCUUUUGGGACAACACAGCUCCUCACAACACUGUGCAGAAAUGGCGGGUAAGUGGCCUAGUAGUUUAAGGCGCUCAUUCUUCUGUCUUUGUUUUAAUGCAUGUCCGUCAGUGGAUAUGUUUGACUAAGCUUAUAACCGGAGGGAGUCGUAUAUUUUCGUGCAUUCUGUUUGAAAUGUGGUGAGCUCGGCUAACGGUAACAGCAGCAGCGGGGGCCUCUGUGCUAGCUGGAGCAGCAUGCUAUCAGGCUGUCAGUGAGGCUCUGCCGUCUGCCUGAAAGCACUACCAGGUUUAAGAGGGUCUCCCUGCAGUCACAGGAGGGUUGUUUUGCUCACGUUUCGGUCUGUUUACACACUGAUUUAGUCUUCAAUAUCACGUUUGAUAGUUAGAGAAGAGUCACUUGAAUUUUUACACUUUCUUUCAGGCUAGAGGGGAACAAUAUAAAGCACUCGAAAUGAGGCUGGGAGGGUGGGAUUAAAAACAAACACAAUAUCAGUGUGAUCUGUGUGUUUCUACAGGAGUAAACACCAUGGAGAAGAAGCUUGCUGAGUACAAGUGUGACACCAAUGAAGCUAUAUGCUUGAAGCUGGGUAAGUUUGUUACUCAUCUUUAUUUGAAUAUCCCAAGCUGAUGUUUAUAAAAUUUGAUAUACGUGCUCUGAGAGUAUUUUGUUCAUUAACUAUUUGUUAAAUUAAAUGCACCUGUCAUGUUUUCUUCCCAGUUCGCUUCCCUGAAGAUGUUGAAGAUGACAGCACCACAUUUCACCCUGAGUACAGCCACCAGCUUUUUGGAGAUGAGUGAGUAGUUUGCCUGCAAUUGUUAUUUUAUUUUUCAUUUGUUUAAGAGAGGAGAACUUGCAAAGCUUUUCCUGUAUAGUCCAAAAUAAAAAAACACACAGGAGCCACUCUGUUUUGACCAACAGAGCACUUAUGGGGGUAAAAAUUGUGUGUUUGCAGCAGCUCCUUGUUUAUGCUGCUACCUGAAACUGUAUUUAAUGAGGAGUCUAAUAUGACCAUUGUGUGUAACCAGAGGUUAGAAAAAGACGGAUAAGUAACCUUAAGCAAAGAAAUUUCAAAUGUGAAGGAGCAGGGGCGCCGCUGGCCAAGUGGUCUGUGCAGAGUUAUGUCUCAAACCUCCAGGCUGGAUUUGCUCGCAGCCUGUGGCUCCUUUCCCAUAUGUUACUCCCCGCUUUCUCUCCUUGUUUCCCUCUCUGUCUGCUGUCCUGUCCUCUUUAAAUCAAGGCAAAUCACCCAAAUAUAAAUCGUUAGAAAGCAAGAUGUGCUGGUUCAUAAGCGUUCCUUAUUUCUAGCAAAAAGUUUCAAUUUAUUUCUAGGUCUUGUCUGCUUCUGGUGUUUAAGAUAACAGACUACAUGAUCAUAGUUUCUGCUUGAUGGAUUUAUCUUGUUGGGUACUGCUUAAAAACCAUAACACUUGAAUGACAGUAGCUACAACUAUUGGCCAACAAACUAGUUCACACCAUUCACUGGUUGUAACUAAUUAUUGAUAUCAGAUCAGAUGUCAGAUACUCCAUAAUAGGAAAUAAACAUUAACUGAUGAACUUUAAGAAGCAUGCAGGGCUUUUCACCAAACAUUUGGAGUAGCCAGCCAGUGGGGAAAAAAGGUGUCAGCUAGGGAAAUAUUGGUGUCUAACACUUAAUACCUGAUAUUAAACAUUAAAAAAAAAAUUAUGCCACAAAGAAAUCAUGAAUAUUUUCCUGCAUGAGUCGCACGUUGUGGUAAGACUAUCUGUUAAACAGUGACUGGCAGAGUGAGAGCUGUCUGAUCUGAGCAGCUCUUUUCUUAUUGAGGGGGCUUCAUUGAUCUGCUGUAUGAAUAUUAGAGGGGAAAGAAACAGUAAAUGGCAAUGAUGUCUGUUUCAAUGAUUUAUAUGCUACUGUGCCACAAAUGUCACUGUAGUAAUCUGCAAGGAACAUGAAAAGGAGGAAAAUAAUUCUAAGAUAAUAACCACCUACUAUCUAUGUAUUGUAAUUAAUGAAGGUAUUUAAGGGAUUUUUUUAAAAUCAUAAAAGCAGUAAACGUGUGUGAGAAUAGUAUUGGGGAAAUUGAGAAAUGCUCAGUCUGCAGGCAUCACUUAGAUGUCACUGCUGUAUUCUGGUCUAUCUGAAGCAGAUUGUAAAAAAACAAACCCUCCCUGUGCAGAAAAAAAUUACUGUUCUUGUCUUUAACAGUUUUGGUCCAAUCUGUCCCUUAACUAAGUUUUGUAUUAAAAACCAGAGCACCUCCUCCUUCUCCUCCAUCAGCACAGACACAUAGCAUGCAGGGGUGGGACUAACACUGACAGGCAGGUAUGUGGUCACAGCUUGUUGUUUGAAACGUUUCAUUAAAAUCAAAAGAGAAAGUAGUAAGGCAUAAUUAGGGGAGUAGUCAGCUGAUUUGCUGACAGCUGGUACCUCUAGAAACCCCUGGUUCAUAGUUUUCAAUCCUUUCUGUAAUAUUAUGGAACUUAAAGGAAUAGUUAGUCAUUUUUGAAAAAUAAGCCUUUGUGGUUUGUGUCUAAGAAUGAGUUGAAAGGAGGAGGAGUUAUGGUAAUCCUUAUUUAGCACAAAAACUGGAGUAAGCCAUCCUUUAUUUACCAUGAGGAUGACUCAUGAAAGGCAUAUAUGUCAAAGGGUUUAACUGCCAAACAAAUAUCUUGCUAAAACAACUCAUUGUAGAUUUGGAGGAGGGGAAAGUGCUCACUGGGAGGACAUUUACCACUGGGCACUAAGUGAAGUCACUUUUAGAUAAUGGGCUCAGAUUUUUUUCACAAAGAUAUCGUUUAAAAGUGAAAUUUCCUCUAAAAACAACUGUCAUUCCUACUGUUUCAGUAAGUUGUGGAGAUGUUUUCAGGUGUAUUUGGGACAUUUAAUUACAAAUGCUUCUGUUCUCUAUGCCAAACUACGCAAACCACGUCAAUCCACGUGUUUGAUGCUGAGAUUUUUCAUUCUGUUGCUGUUAAGAAAAUUGAUGUACAGUUCCAAAAUCUUCCUACUUGUGGCCCCAUCUAUCAUAAACACAUAACGCCUUAAUAGAACAAAUGUAGGCAGGCCUGGUAAAGGGAGGGCUUUGAUUUGUAGCCAUAUGAAUAGAAAUAUUCUUUAAAAAAAAGAGCUGGCGCCUCUGUCAACUAUUGAUCCCACUGAGGACUGGAUUAAAGCUGCCAGACAGAGCAAGCCAAUACUUUACAUUUUUGUUUCCAGGUGGAUUUUUAACCUGAAUUCUUUCCAAUACGAGUCUCGCCCUCAGAUAAUUACGUUGCCAAAUCAGAUACGCAAAGUUGAAAAUUGUGAAAGUCUGUCAAAUUUUAUCUUCACAUUUUUAUUAAAAACAACAAAAAUCUAUCAAGAGUCACAUUAACAGACCAAGAUGACGCAAAAAAAAAAAACGGUUUUGCUGUUGAGCCAGAGCUUGCUGCAUUUUUUGCAGUGACACCUGUGUCUGUGUGUAGGCCUAACUAGCACGUCGUUACGCUCUAAAUUGCUUUUCCCAAUUAGUCAAAACUAGGAUUGGUUGUUUUUGCACUUGCUGCAAUCAACUCAAAGGGAACUCAGUAAUUGGGGCAUUAAUUAUUUCAGCAAGCGUAAUUGCUGGUAAAGCUCAAUCACACAGUUGCAUAAUGAUGAAAUCUAUUUUGCCAUAAACUGCAAGUGGUGUUGUGGUGUAAGGAACAAUGCAACACAGUGCAAUAAGUGGCCAGACCAACUGUAAGCUUCAUUAUUCGCUCCAGGUGUAUAUAGAUUUAAUUAAAAGAAAUAAUCAAUCAUUUGUUAUUGUCCCCUUGUUAGUUUAUCCUGAACUGCAUACCCAACAUAACACAGCUGCUGUAUUGUUCUCAGCUUGCAGAUUCUGAUGUAGUUUUUAAAAGCCUUACUUAGAUGUUUUGUUUUUUUCUGUCUCUGUCUUCAGUGAGGUUGCUUUUGGAUACAAAGGUCUUCAGAUACAGCUCUUCUACACAGCAGGGAACCUGGGCACCGUCUUCAAAGUGAAAUAUGCCUCCAAAGUCACUGAAAUGUUUGAUUGUGUAGAGGUAAGAAAUGCAUCACAUCAUUUCUUUUUUUUGUUCGUGAUGAAAUGUGUCUACCAGGGUCUAACAUGCCUAAGAAUCAAAGUGCUAUCACAUCACCUCAUGCUGAAAUGUAACAUCAUGUAUUGAUUAUAUUUUAAAGAGUGGUCCGUAUGGAUUUGCAGUGACAAUCAUUCAUUGAUUUAACAACAUAUGUAGCCUCUUUGUGUGUAAGAACAUGACUCUUUGUUAAAAGAGUAGUAGAUUAUUAAUAUCAUAAGUCAAAUAUCCUAGGGGUUCACUAGAUAUUGGCCCUUGCCCAUUACCAGGGCGAAUAAUCAGCAUUUGGCCAAUUACCUGCUGUCUGUUUGCACUCACCACUCUGUCAUACUUUAUGUCCCACCCACAACACCAUCUGAUUGGCUGGACUAGGUUUUGGUUAAUUCUUAACUCCUGCAAAUUAUGUUUCAGUUUUGAGUGUAACAUAUAAAAAAGCAUUAAACUAAAAGUUUGUGUUGGAAUUUUGCGAAUAUUUUUUUAAUUUUUGCAGUAAAAAUUCAUUUCAGCUCCAAGUAUUAGUUAUCAGUCUCGUGAACUGCCAAUCGUUUUUAUUGUUAUUGGCUCUGAAAUUAGUAUCACUUAACCCCCAGAACAUCUGGCACCUAAAAAAUAAAAAUAAAAAACAAAUCAAUGCUUAAUAGUAAGUAGGCAGGAGAAUAUUAUUAGUAUGUUUCAAACAGCACAUUUUUCAUUUCAUAUAGACAGAUUAGAGCCUUCACUCUGCAGCAUGCCUCACAUUGAUCUAACAUGCUGGAGUAAGUUAUGUUGAUAAUAUACUAACUCAUUUUACACUAACACCAGGUUACAGAAAAUAAAGUUUUUGGAGUCUCCCUGUCAUGUAUGUGUCUGGCCCUUUCUCUGGUCUGCAGGUGACUGUAGAUGCAAAUGACCUCAACACUGUUGUACAUUUACUGUAGAUAUAGUCCAGAGUGAUCAUUUCUGCAGCAUUGUGUGCGUGUCUUUGCACAAACCUUCCAGUUUUUUAAUGUGAAUUUAGCAACUAGAUUUUUAUAAAUAAGAUUGUUUUCUUAAAGCUUUACACCUGAAAUCACUCCUCAAUAGGCAUGUGCCGAUAUGAAAAAUUUGAUAUUAUGAUAUAGGUGGCCCAAAAUAUCACCAUUCACAAUAUUAUCACGAUAUUAGCGCAUUGCUUUUCACGUUAUUAAAAAUGGCAAAAAGCUGCAAAAUCACUUCUCUGUGCACAGCAUGACAUGCACAAACAAUAUGAGCAAGAGGCAGCUAACGCGACGUUGGGAGCAUUAGCUUUUUGGAGCUAAACUUAGCAGAAACGUCACUAAUGUUGUCAAUAAUAAGCAGUAGAGUAGACCAAACUUGUUUUGGUCAUGUUGUUUUUACCUUGAUUUGGGCUAAAGAUGCUGGAUGGUGUUCAUGUAGGUGGGCACGCAGGUUUGAAGUGUUAGACAACGGUGCUUCAACUUCUUUACGGCAUAACCUGCAGAUUGGUGUCAUGUUUACCUGCUCUGUCUGUUUUGUGAAGCUGUAAAAUGUUCAUACUGCCAACGAAACCUUUUUAAUAGGAGAAUACAGCCGAGGCGUUUCGUCAUUCUCAGUCUCCGACUGUUCUUCGUCUGGUGUUAUGCCAUUGAAUGCAACCCUGCUGUUGAAUGCACCCCUGACGGGAGCGUGGUUGAAAGUACAUAACAAGGCGAAAUAAUCCAAGUUUUCCUCACCGUUGGGUGGAUUCAAAAGCGUGUGCCUUUAAUAAUUUCAAUCAGACUAUUCAGAUAAGCCGAAAACAAUGGUCCUCUGAUUCGGAAUAUUCGCUGUCCUUAAAAUAUAAUGCUCUCUACCUUAACAGCUUACUGUACAGUUUAUGUACACAAGUACAUUUCUAUAUGUGCAUUUUUGGGACACAUAAAAACAGAACGAAAGUUCGCUGCUCCAUUUGACAUGUUGUCAUGAUCCAAUACUUGUGUUUUUUCAAAUAUCAGACUAAUGAGGGGAUGGGAUGCAUUGUAGACACACUCCAACAGUGCUUUGGGUGGCCGCAAUGCAUUGUGGGUGGCCACGCAUUUUGUUGUAAAAUUUCUUCAUUUUCUCUUUUAAUGUUUCUGUUUUUGUUUGGCUGGUAUUAAUGUACUUAAUUCAAGAGUUUGUUUUGGAUUUGGGACUAGGUUGCUAAGUACUCUGCUUUGCUCGCCUCCGCUGAGUGUCGCUGCCACUCGUCUUUAAAUUAUAAUUUUGGAACGAUUAUUACAGUACCUUACGAUUUCAUCAUCGCAGCUGUUUAAUAUCGCGAUUAAAUCAUAUAUCGGCACAUCCCUACUCCUCGAUAUGAAAGACAAACUGAAACAACCUGUUCAUCAAAGAGUGAUUCAUGUGUAUUUUAUUUAUCAAGCCAAGACAUUUCAGUGGUGGGUAGUUUGGGGUUUAAUUCUUGCCAAAACUAAUGGGAGAUACAAGACUGACAGCAGCAACUCCUGCUGCCCUUACACAGCUACCACACGUCCUGUGUGAAGCCGACACUAAACACCAAUUUAUUAGGUGUCCUGAAACAGAAACCAGGUGUGUUUUAGUUUUUCCAAGUAUAAAACAUGGAUGCAGCCUCAGUGAUGUCACCAGUUGGUUUCUGAAGCCACUGAAUGAUGGCACCAUGUUGAAAAUGCUGACUGUGAACCUUGAUACAGGCAGAGAGGUGGAGUUGGGACGAGCUUUUCUGGAAAACUGUUGCACAAAAGGCCUUUCCGUCAGUCAACUUAGCCACGCCCCCAAUGACGAAAAUUUGCUUUUGAGUUGGGACUUUAUGGAGAUUCGUUGACUUUUGUUCACUGUCUUCAGGUGGACACUCAAGGAACUGCAGUUAUUUUGCAUCUUUUGAUUUUACACAAGUCUGAUACAAGCAUGUCUUAGAAAGAGUUAAGUGGAGAAUGCACUUUAGUGCUGCAGUAACUCAUGUCCAAAAAACACAUAUAUGACAAAGUUAAGUAGCAAAAAAGUUUGCGUACAAAUACUGCAAAAUAAACAAUUAAAGAUUGUUAACUGACCAUAGCAGCCUAAAAAAACAGUCAAAUUUCAGUGAAGCCUGUGGGGUCUUUGAAGGAGACACAGGGAGUGACUACUGAUAACAUACUGUUAAUAUAAACUGAAAAUUUCCAUAUCAGCAGAAAAAAGACAAAGUCCUUCAUGAGGCCUGUGAUAACAGCCUCAUGCUGAAUGUCAACAUCAAAACAAUUGAUUAAAUUUACAGUCAAAUAGGAAAACUUCCACUGCACCCCAAGCCAAUGACACACUCUAUGAACGGCUGUUAACUAGACUAGGUUAGUUUAAUGUGUCAUCUGAUAGAGCAGUCAGCUGUUAUUGGAUAAGUUCUGUGGUUGCUGUAAUUAUCAGCCUGUACUUCCCUGACGUUGUUUUGCAUUUUAAAUAUUUUGUCUACCCUAUAAAAUUCCAGGUAUUAACAGAUACUAUUUCUUACUUUUACGUUGAGUCUUUUCUGACAGUGUUUGAUGGAUUAUUGAGAAAAUGUAAAAGAUCCCUCAAAACAACAGGUGGGCUGCGAGAGAUAAACCAUUUGUUUGAUUGAAGAGUUGCUCUGAAAUUGACAACAGUAUUAAAGGAGCCUUCGGACUGAGAAAGCCUUGAGGGUGGUCUUACUUUGGAUUUGGGGAAGUAUGCCAAUCAGUGCAUCAUCCAGCACUAUAAAUAAAAAGUCAACACUGCAGUACGUUACGGUGUCUCAGCUGUUUUUGGAGUGACAUGAACUGGUUCAGACUACAUUGCUGAAUGAUUUUGACAAAAAACAGUGAUGUACUCAUGGACACAACGGAAUAUUAGCUAUUAGUGUUUUCCAAUCAAAUUAGAGACUGUGUAACUUUCAUUGAAAGUUAAGAUAAUACAAGCUAGGUUACAGGGGUGCAAAUUCAACCGGCUUUUAUUAUCAUAACAACUUAUAUAGAAAAGAAUUCAUAACACCAGGCAUAUAUAUAUACAAGUACAACAGUAAGCCCCCUAAAGGUCUGUCGCUGAGCAAAUCAAAGUAACAUAGAUAAAUAUUGGACAGCUUGACUGAGAGGAGGCCUCCAUUUAUUGUAUGACAUUGUUUGGUUGGAGGGAUGUGCAAUCAAUUAUUCUCUAAGGGGAGCAGAUAGACCUGUUAUGCUCUUUGUGCACUUUUGGUACCUUAGUGUUGUUUCCUGACUCACUAAAGUAACUCUGAGCCUCUGUGGGAGGUGACAUUAUUCCUGUAUAAGAUCUCCUGUUUUGUUAGACAUAAUCUCGGCCCACUGCGGCCCCCUGUGCCGGUACACUAAUCCUUCUCCUCCCUGUCGGAAGAGGAGGAUUUUAAAAGGUUCUGUACAUGCGGUCUAACAUGAGGUAUUGAUUUUAGAGGUUUAUGUGAUUGAAUCAGCAGGAGGAGUAAUGUGACACGGCUGGAAAUCUUGUACAUAUUUUUCGGGGAUGAAUUGCAGCUCAAGGCAUUCACAAUCCGAAAGGUUUGGGUUGAACAUCUGUGAACUGCUCUGCUAUAGGUAAAGACUGAUCUACACAGAACUAAUGACAUGCAAGUUAGUUUCACUGUCCAUUUAGAGAGUGAAACUCAUUAUCAUGUCUUUACUUACUUCUUGAUGUUAAAAUGUAUAUAUUAACAGGCUGUGUUUGGACAUAAACAGACAGUUAAAUGAAAUUUUUGUUCUAGCAGUGCAUUUUCUAAGACCGCACCAAAGGUCACUGUCAGCUUUGAAUAUUUCCUAGAGCUUUCAGUGCAUCAAAUGCAUUAAAUGAACAUGAGAAUAAGCCAGGGCCCCUCUAAGGUCAGAUGAUUGAACUCUGGGACAUCUGUCCUAUGUAGAAACAGCAGGGACUCCUUGUCUGGACCAUGAGGCCUUUAACUGGUGCGACUGGGAGCUGUGGUAUAGCUUGUGAACUAUCCAGGAGUUCUGAGGAUGUACUCGAAUUAUAAAUAACCCGUGUGACAGCGAUGGGUCCGUCCAACUGUGCUUUCAUCUCUGCCAACAUGGCAACCAGUUCACAGUUUUAACCCAAAGAGAGCCAUUAGACUUUUUUGGAAGAUAGCAUGAAGCUGAUAUUCAAACCAAAAUGUGACGGCUGCUGGCUCGGUGUCUGCGUGCGUGCACCGCUACUUAGUGUGCGGCGUUGACCCCUGAGUGUUCACCUUGUUAAGGGUUUGAGUGCAGCUGGUGUAGCGGUAGAGAGCAGCAGAGUUCAGGCUGCUCUCUGAAGAGUGUUUGUCUCUGAGUGCAUGUGGACGGCCGGGGUGCGGUGCAGCUGGUGAGAGAAGAGGGAGCAGAGAGUAGGGACGAGGGGAGGCAGAGAUGGAGUUUAUGCAGCUGCCAUGUUAAUACAAGACUGUCAUCAUGAAAAAAAAUCUCCUCCUUUACUUUUUACACCAGCCAAAAACACCCAAAUGCUGGUUUUCUCACCGACCAAAAAAAAAAAAAAAGAAAACUGAUGUUUGUGCCAGAUCUUUUGUGCUUAUGAGCUGGAAAUGUUCUUCUAGGUGCGGGUAAAUGCAUCUGUCAGAUGGAGAAGUGAAUCUAGUGUGUAAAUAUGCCUUAACUUAAUAUUUAAGCUCCAACUUGGUGAAUUAUUCUCAAAUAGAUAAAUAAGAUGGAUGGAUAUCAGAUGUAAGAACAUGUUUGGAGUAGAUUUAACAGAUAAAAUAAUACCAACACAACAAAUUAGCUAGUUUUUACCUCUUUUGUGCUCAUUGUUAGAAAUCAAAGACAUUAACAAAAUAUUCUAAAGGUACCUUGUUAAGUUAUAUUCAUGCCAAACUAAGGCAUCUAUUCUGGACGGCUGUGCAAUUUAGUGUCUAGUAUGUAGGAGAGUGCCUGGGACAAAGGGACGUGUUUGUCCAUGGCCCUUUAAGUGUGCUCCUUGUUCCUUAGAAAUGUGGAUGAACAAUUACAAUGGUUAAGAGGCAUUCAGCUGCAGGUGCAUUACUUCCAGUUAGAUAUUAGCUGAUGUCUGAAAGGGUGGGGAAUUAGCAGCAUGUUGUAUUAGCCUUUUGUGGUGCAUUUUGCUCAGACCUUCUUCAUUUCCCAGUUUUCAAUGCUGAGCAGCAAGGGUCUCUCUGCUGAAAUAAUGCCCAUCACACAUGUAAAUGGUGUGAAAGGGCUGCUUAGCAAAGUGUUCUCAUGUCAAUCCUUGUGGAAAUGGAUACAAUGCAAACAUUACAGCUGAACUAACCACAGGUUGCACAGAGUAAAAAGUCCAAGGGUAGGGCCCCUUUGUCUCCGGGGCUCUUUGAAAAUGCGGGGGCCAAAUUCAUUUGAUUGGGUUCACUUGGCAGGAUUAGAGGAGAGGCCUCUAUUAUGGAUGACCAAAGGUUUGUUAAGUUGAGAUCAAUUCAUAAGAUUUAAUUUCCCAGUGAGAAGCAGAAAUGCGUUUUAUUGUGGCAACUUCAUCACAUAUUCAUGGUUUAACAUAAGUAGUAAAUGUACUGAUUUAAGUGGUCUUUUCACCGGAAAGAGAGGGGGGUGAGGGGUGCUGCUGUGGUCUCUGCUCAGCUGACAGUUUUAAUUGCCUAAUGGUUUUCUUUUCAUCAGCACAACACAUGUAUGCUUCCAGCUUUAAUUUGAGCGUUUUUGCCCUUUUCCACAAGCUUACAAUUUUCCCUCUUCUCUAGGAGCAAGAAUUCUUGGAAAAUGUAACCAGCGUGAAAAACACACAUGUAUUUAAGGAAAUCCCCGACUGCUGGCACUUAUCAAAACAAGUCUUUAAACUUUGCUGUAUUGCUUUUACAAGACGACUGAAUUCGUUACACUUUUGUGUCAUCCAGUCUGAUGAUGUCGAAGGAAAGAUCCGGGAAAUCAUUCCUGCUGGGUUCACCUGCAACAGUGACGACUUCAUCUCACUGCUGGAGAAGGAGGCCAAUUUCAAGCCCUUUGGCACCCUGCUUCACACGUACACAGUCCACAGCGAGGAGGCUGGAGAACUCACUUACCAGAUUCACAAGGUACAAACAUCACCCACUGCCUCAGAGGGGCAAUCCAGGAAGCUCUGUCAUGCUUUUCACUUUAUUUUUGUCACUUGUUAACAGUUUUUUGUCUUCCUGUGUUUUAAUGAGAGGCUGAGAUUCAGCCCUAAACUCUAUCAGACAUUCAUUUUAGCUGUAUUUUCCCCCCAGGCCGAUAUCACCUGCCCGGGAUUCCAAGAGUACCACGAGCGCCUGCAGACUUUCCUCAUGUGGUUCAUAGAGACUGCCAGCUUCAUCGAUGCAGACGACGAUCGCUGGGACUUCUUUCUUGUGUGAGUGCCCCUCUUAAUUGACAUCAAACCCCCCUCACUACCACCGCCGUCCACGCCCACCCCAACCCUAAAGCCUUUAUUGUGUCAUUGAAAAACAAAGCCCGCCUUUGUGGCUCCUGCGACCAAUUACCAGGCCAGUUUGAUUAUAUUUCCCCCCUAUUGGAGAAUUGUUGAUCAGGCAAGAGCUUCCUUUGUGCCCAAAGCCCUUUUCAAAAUUUUCAGGGGCAAGAGCUGAAUUGAAUACUGUUGUCUUUUGAAACACUGAACAAUGUCUUAACAGUAAAAAGAGCCUCUGCCAGUGUUUUCUUUACCCUGGCAACUAUUAAAACUGACAAUGGGCAAAAUGGACUGAAGUGAUUUUGAGGACUUUAGUCCCUCCUCCAACCCCUUCUCUUCCUCUAAGUUGCAGUACUCCAAUUAAGUGCAUAAUGUAUUCAGGUUGUAGCAGGUGUACCAAUCGGGGCCUGGCUGCUCUAACAUGCUCACGUCGGGGAAGGGAGGGCCGGUUGAAGAGUGGGCAUGAGAACAGAGGGGCUAAAAUGGACACUGCAUGGGAGUGUGCCUGUAAUUGACCUGUUUGCCUUUGUGUUUAUCUGCAGAUUUGAAAAGUACAAUAAAGAUGGGGAGACUCUCUACGCAACUGUUGGCUACAUGACAGUUUAUAAUUACUACGUGUACCCAGACAAAACCCGACCACGUGUAAGGUAAUUGCCGGGGCAGCGCGUGCCUUCCCAUUCUUUUGUAUGAAAAAAAAGGAGUGGAAAAUUAUACAUUUCUUUAUCCUCUUUCCAAAGAGCCCAAAUUAUGGGCUUAUAUAGCCAACCAUUCAUCCCGAUUUUGUUUCAUUACCAAACUGGGAUGAUCCAUAUCUGAAAACAACUUUAUAGAUAAGCUUUUGAUGUGGUUUGAGAAGUUACAAUGAUGACUCAGAAUUACACUUCUGCUUUGAAUCCGAGAGAAUUUCAGGAUUUCUACUCAAAAGUGUUUUGUGACUUAAUUUUGAACAACAGUUUCCUCUUUGGCUCUGUGGCUUUGCAUGAAUCUCUUCACCUUGAUUAAACAGCCAAAUGCUGAUCCUGCCACCGUUCCAAGGAGAGGGUCAUGGAGCUCAGCUUCUGGAGGCUGUUCAUAGGUUUUACUGCAGCCUGCCCAAAGUGCAAGACAUCACAGGUGAGCAUGUGGAUUCAUUUUAUGUAUCUUUAUGGAUUAAAAAUGAGUUAAAUUUGAUUUAAGUUCCCUGUGUUGCGCACAAACAGUUUCAAUUAUUUUUCUCUUCGGUUGGUGGAUCCAUGGGGGUGAGUUAAUUUGGAGAGCUGGCAUGAAUACCAGAAUGUGCUGCAGCUCUAUUGAAACUAGUUGUUGCUUUGCAUAGAGAUAGAGGAUGAAUACUAAAGAGGCUCCCUAUUUUCCCUUUGAGAGAGGAAUCCGUUACAGAGAACAAGUGAAUGUUCAGCAUUUGUAGGGGCUGAAUGUUCCUCCUUACGGGCCUCAGGUCUCAAGUAAAACAUUGUCACUUUUUUACGUAGGUUUUUGAGGGAGUGUAAAAUAGACAUGGCAUUAUUAAGCUAAUGAAAAAAGUUCUCAACCAAAGGCUCCCUGCUUGUCUCAUCUAAAACACACUAUGCUUGAAUACAACAUUAACAACCUCAUCACAUGUAUCAGAAUUGUUGCAGAUGAUUUGAAAACUACAAACUCUCACUUUGUUGUGCUUUGUUUACAGCUGAGGAUCCCUCUGAGAACUACGUGAAGUUGAGAGACUACGUGCUGGUCAAGCUUUGUCAAGGCCUCCCUUCCUUUGCUACAGACAAGCUUCACCUCGGCUUCUCCCCUGACAUGGUCAAAGAGGCUCAGGACAAGCUCAAAAUAAACAAGGUGUAGUAUGACACUGCAGUUAGUGUGUUAAAUCACAGCUUUGUCUCUAAAUUACAGGAAAACCUCACAGUGACAUUUUCAUAUUCCAUGAGAUCAUUAACUAACAGCCCAAACCCCUUUUCCAUAAAUAGACAACAAAAAUGAUCAUGCUCAAAAUUUUGAAAUUAUGUUUGAUAUUAUUUCUGACACCUGAUUUCUUAGUAGUUCCUAGUUCGAUUCUGAUUGGUCAAAAUCCCUUGGCAACCGUCAUUUAUUCCGAAUAGGGAUGGCGAAGUAAAUGACAACCUGAGCACAUUUCUCUAAUAUUAACUGUUUAUGAUUUCACUUCCUGUUGACAAUGUGGGGAAAAAAGUUGCCUUGCUGAUAGCAGAUACUGACAGACACCAAGAAAAGUAUUUCUGAUGUUUUUGUCAAUUUCUUGGGAGAGUAAAAUAUUUCAUUUGAUGGUUGGUGGCCAACCAGUAACCAGCAGAAAAAAGAGGAGACACAGUGAGAAUAGAGAGGGAUAUUGAAGAUGAAAAGAAGAUAGAUAUAGUUUGCCAGUAGUUAUGUGAAAUAGAAUCCUAAUGGGGUGAGACAAGUCCUGAUGGUGAGUGCAAGGGUCCUGUCUACCCUGAAAGACAAAAGUUACCUAAUCAGUUUAGAUUUAUUUAUCUUUUUAGUCCGGUUAUUUAUUCAUUGACAAUAGUAAACUUAAUGCUCAUGCUGUCUCUUAAAGAAGUUCUUAAAGUUUGUGGAAUAAAGUGAAAUUUAUCUUUAUGCAUUAAUAUGAUAUCCAAAAGCAAACAAGGCCAUCAGAGACAAGAUAAGAUGAGAACAGUUUUAUUUAUCCCUGGGGGGAAAUUCGAUAUGAUAGAUUAUUAUAUUGUAAUUUUUAAUGUCUAAAACCAGUAGUAGGGGGUAUGUGGGGGUAUGCCCUGUUUUUACAACGUCCACAUUAAGUAUUCAUGAUAAAUGAUACAUUUGACUGUCCAAAGUAGCAUUCAGAGAGGAAAAGAUAAUUAAAGUUUGUGUUCUCCAGAGGGGGGUGUCAAACAUGACCCAAACUGAGAGUUCCUCACAGGAGCUUUAAACAGCUUCAACACAAAGACCCGAGCUUUUGGCUUUACACCAAAACAGAGCGUCAAGUCUGUGAGUCUUAUGGGUUUGCAAAAUAAAAGACCAAUGUUUGACCCAGUCUUUUGCAGGUACUGGCCCUCACUUACUAUUUCAGAUGCAAAGAUUGAAAGUUGUAAACCAUCAUUUUAUUUAACUCUGAACUUUGUGGAACUCUUUAUUUUCUUUAGCAUGAUGAUAUUCUCCCACUGUUUUUAGCAGUUUUAUAAAAUAAGAAGUUUGGGAAAAAGUAGACUAUUUCUACAGGUAAUGUAACUUUAUGAAAACACACACACUAAAAGAACUGUAUGUUAGUAGCUUUGACAGUUGUCGUGAUUUACAGGUUUUAUUAAAAAUGAAAACAUCUUUUUAUUUGUAACUUUCACCCUCCCUUGCUCCCCAGUGUUGUCUGUAAAGUGCUGUUGUUUUUACAAGUUAAUUGUAGGAUCUAAACCUUGAAAACUUUUGAUAAUAGCCUGCUUGGAGACCUAAUUUGCCUUUUGUGGUUUAAAAACGAACAUAUUCUCUGAGGUUUUAUUUAGCUAGUUGAUCUUGAAACAUAUAAAAAGAUGUCUGAUUUAUCACAGGCCCUGAACAACUCACCACUGUUCAUGCUAUUGUGCUGUAAAGUGUGACAAAUGCUCCUAAAAGCUGGUGUUUUGUUAAGUUCAGAAAAUGUUGGGGUGAAAAAAUCACUAUUCAAUUUUGUUUUUGCUCUUACAGAAACAUGCAAGACGAGUGUAUGAAAUUCUGCGUCUGAGAGCGACAGACAUGAGUGAUGAAGAGAAAGUGAGAGAGUACCGUCUGGAGGUGAAGAAGAGGCUAUUUGGACCCUACAGGGUGAGCUAUGAAUCGUCAUCGCAGCGCUGCGGUCGUGUGCUUUACAUGUCUGUGUGGAGUGGGUCAAAAAGUGGAUGCAGAAUGGCAUCCUGAGCCAAAGAUUUUCUGCUGUAUUCAGAUAUAAAACUGAACAUUAACUUGUCUCUGUUACUGUCAAACAGAAAUCCAGUGUGCAGUCUUCCACCUUUUGUCAGCAUAACAGUGAAAUUUCACAGUGUAGGAAGCAAAGUGGCCCGUGAGCGGCACACUUGAUCGGUUUAGAGCUUCACAUUGUCCCUGUUUAUUAUGUUACCUUUUUAAAACAGCAGAAGAAUUGAUCUUCAGUCCCGCGAAAAUUGAUAGAUUACUAGAACCGUAUUGUUGCAGCCACAAUAGGGCGCACCAGGCGUCUGUGGUUCUGCUGCUGCUGGAGCUUUUUGCUAUUCAGACACAUGUCAUUAGUCAGUAUUUGCAUUUCUUUGGGAGAAAUAAUUUUCAUGAAACUGUGUGAAGCACUUUGUCAAAAAGCUGCUACUAUUCAGAGUUCUGUCGCGUGCUUUUUAAAAUUCAUCUGCAGAACUGAGCAAUUUUAUAGAACCUUUUGAUUUUCUCGUACUUUCAUAUCUCCCUUUUGCUUCAGUUUCAGUUGAGCGAACAAACAGAAUCAGUGCAGCUUCUCUAAUUGCAUUGUACCAGGCCUGACAGUCCAAACACCCGGAGUAGAUCUAUAUGCACCAACAUAAAAAAAAAACCUACAUCCUGUUUGCUUGUGACAUUUUAUGCCCGAGCCGCUCACCGAGGCUUUGCAUACCAGCUAUUAGAGAAUUUUCUGUCAGCAGGGUAACCACAUGUCUGGAAAAAAAAGCCAUAAUCUGACGUGGAAAAGACCUAUGUGGUGAGGCGAGGAGCAGGGAUUCCUUGAGAGAGUGGCAGAGGAAGAUCUGGUGGCCAGAUGCAGAGUGGUUUUCCUUCCCUGAGGAGAUUUAACAUGUAGUUAGCUGAAUGGCAGAAGCCCCUGCGCCGUGAAUGUGAGGGGGAUUAUAAGUUUCUGCUCUUACCCUCAAUUCCCCGGUGACCAUGUCUGCGUUUAUGUACGUGCUGGAUUUUUUAAGCAGCUGAGUUGACUAAGUCAAUGUGUGCUUUGUUUGCCUGUGAAAAACCUCCAGGCUCUCUGAUUCCUUUUCAAGUAUUGCAUCACUGUACAAUAAGGUAGACCAUCUAGAGCUCUUUGAAGAAGUUCUUGGGGGGUGGUAAAACAGAAUAAAUUCAUUUUGAUGGCCCUGUGUGACCUUCAAAAGCAAACAAAAGCCAAAAAUAUGACAAUCGACUGUUUCUUUAGAUUAAUUUGUACUGUCUGAAACUUUCAGCUGGGGGGGAGGUGUCAGUCAUGCUACAGAAAAAUAGUUUUUUUAUUAAGAGAAGAUUUAUAAUGAAAGAUACAUUUAAGCGUUGAAAUAAAACAGUGAGAUUUUUUAUGGAAAAAAAACUGCUUUCGUGUUUACAGGACAAAAUCUGCAAAGACUUAAUAGGUACUAAUGUGUCCUCAAAAGUUAACACAUCACUGGAACUUUAAAGAUGAUCAGGAAUCUGUUUUCUAUGACCCACCCCCAAUUUCCACCACAUCCAGAACGGCUCCGAUCCGGAGUGGCAGCGAUUUUUGCUGUCUGCCAAUUUGUGAGGCGAAUUCGAGAACUCACACUCCACAGAGGAGAAAAUCCACCUCCACAUAGUGUUUUAUUUUGAAAAGAAGCCAGAUGUUUUAUUUUGUGUCUUUGCCCGACUUCCUUUCCAGCACGGACUAAUCUGUGCUGAAUUUAUGCAGCAUGCUAGGCAUCCAGAAAAAAUAGAACUCUUGCAAUCGGCUGUGGAGUCCGCUGAUCGGCAGAGGAACGGAAAGAAGCUAGUGGAAAUUGACAUAUUAACUUGAAUUGUUACGAUCAGUUGCGGUCGGCGGAUACGGCUUUUCCAUAGCCGUUUCGGUUGCGGUGGAAAUCGGGGGUUGGACUCUUUCAUGUUUACUUUUACUUUGGGUAACAUCUCUGUCUGGUUAAAUUGUCUCAAAGAAAUCCUUCUCAUAGACACAGCAUUUGGACUAGCUUUUUAACAUCCCUGUGCCUGUUUGUGCUGUCGAUGUCCUGCAGAAGAAUCAGAGGGAGCUGGCGAAGAUGAAGAAGUGUCUGAGGCCGGAGGAGCUGGUGUCCCACAUGGGUCAGAUGGACACUCAGACGCAGCACGAGGAACUGGAGAAGAGCUAUCAGGUUGUCGUUGAAGACUACAGGAGAAUCAUCGAGAGGCUUGCUUCACAGGCCUGAAUUGGACACUGAGCCCACUCUCUCAAUAACACAGGCGGUCUUCCCUGUUUGUACAAAGUUCACAUCACCACAGACUUUAGCUGCAACCAAGAAGAAACUCUCCUGAUGUAACAAAGUCACUGUUUAAUAGAAGAGUGUUUCAGGUUUAUUGUGGCUGAGGCAGAUGUAUGGGUGAUGAGUUUCCGUUUAUGAACUUGUCUGUUUCCCAGCUGAUCUUUCUGCAGUAGAGAGGAGGAUGUCGCAGCUGGGGGGUAAGACUUCUUUCUGUUCCAUGUCUUUGUGUGAGAUAAACUGAUGUGUAAAAUUUCACAGGUGAUAGGAGGUCCACUGCCCUGCAGAGAAACCCCGCUUCUGCUCCAUCAUAGACAUUUUUUAAAGAUCUUUUGUCUAAACGAUUCCCGGUGUGUUUUGAAGCACUUCAUACAGACAAUAAAAUUGGUUUUGUAUAUUGCUCCGAUGGUUUGAUUCUUACUGUAGAUAAACAAAACAAAUAAAUCUUCACAAUUCAUUCACUUUAGAUGUUCAGGAUUUUAUUUUAAUAUUGAAAAACACAAACUUUUGUUUAAUUUGGGCACAUGUUUCAUACAUAAUACAAAGAUGAAAAAACAAAAGAAAGUGGGAGUAAAAUAAUCGGUGUCUCGUUUGUUCUUUGGUUAUUGUGUUUCAAAACCAAAUUUAAAAAAAAUGUAUUUUUUUAUUUGGUUUUGAAACAGAAUAACCAAAAAACUAUAAAAUCUAUAAAAACACAGGAAAUGAAUUCAGGGAGGCCAACUGGUCUACUCUUAAACAGACUAAUGGACUGAGUUCUUUGGUCUAUUGGUCUGUCCUGGUACUAGCAAGUUAUUUAUCCCCUUUAAAACCUUUAUUUGCAAGUAAUUGAAAAUUGUGCAGACAAGAUAACAGAGCUGAAAAAUGUUAUUGUUUUAUAAAGUUUGUGCUCUUUAGAUGAACGCCACAAAAAUGUCUCAAAAAUUUUCAGACAAGGACAACAAACACUGAAAAAGUUGUUUAAAACUACAAAAACAACGGAGGGAUUAUCUCCUGAUUUAUUUACAACAUGCUGGUAACAUUACUUUGUCUAAAAAUGCAGAAUGCAAAAUUAAAAGAUCCAAGCGACAAGUCUCAUUGUGGAGCCAUGACAUUAGACAACACGUGGUGCAGCCUAGUCAUACUGACGGCUUGAAAUUUCAUUAUAUGGUUGACCUUCAAGGGAACCACAAUGAGGUUUGACAUUUGGGAACCAUGAGUAUACAAAAAUAUCCAUAAAACAGUCAUUGAACUAUUUCUGUACCAGCCUCAGUCGCGUUUCUGCCAAACAGAGUUUAUUUUUACUUAAUUCUCCACCAGUUUGCUCAGAGAAGUGUCAGUGUGUCCUGGAAGCAACUGUUGAGGCAUCUUUAUUGGCUUGUUAACAAGCCGCUCCUUCUGGGUUCUUUUUCUCGACCACUGAUGAUUUUUUUUUAUGACAGGUUAACGUCAAAAAUGGGUGCACUGUUUUAAAUUCUUUAAUUUGACUUUGAAACUGACGUUGAAACUUUGGAUGUUAUCCUAAUUGAAUCAGGCCAAGUUUCCAUUAUUUCAUGAAGGGGCAGUAAAUCAAACAGUUUGAUCAUAUCAUUUUAUUACAAACUUUUGCUAAAUUUACACCUCUCUUUUCGAUGUACCUCUAGAAGUAAUUAUUGUUGAACUUCUAGAGAAGUUCGUAUUUUUGUUGCAUAUGUGGAUAUUUUUAUCCCCUCCUGCUGAAACUCAUAGAUAUAUGAAGUGAAAUUCCAAAGACAUCAUAUGUUGAAUAAAAGGAUGAAUUAAA